GAAGUUAGUAUGGAAGUAACCGCCGUGAAUUCAACGUGGUUCUGGUUUUGAAUGGUGUCGUUAUCGUGGGUGUUAUUGUUGUAAGAAGAGUGCGUGCCGCUAGUGAUCAUAUAAAAAGAUACAAUUUUUUUUAAGAUAAUUUGGAAGUUUUUGCUGAACGUGGCUUUGCAGAGGAUCUUUGUGGUAGUGUAGUGAUACCGAUUUGAAAAUCCUUACAAAUCAAAAGGAUACUCACCUGCUGAUCAUAGGAAUUGGAAUUCGGAAGCAAAACAGGAGACUUCAUUCAAGAAAGGACCUAACCCAUUUGCAGAAUGGAUGCUGAGUCAGAAGGAAUACCACCAGCAGAGCCAGUUGCUCAAGGACUGGACUUAGCUACACGAAGACGACUAUUCACAUCCCAACCCUCUACAUUGGCUACAAGGAAACAACAGGCGGUUUGUGUUCGACGUGCCUACAAAAGCUAUGGAAGUAAAAAGAACCCAAAUAUUGUUCUGGAUGGGCUGAACAUGACAGUCCCGAAAGGUGCCAUAUAUGGUCUACUGGGAGCUUCCGGCUGUGGGAAAACAACCCUGCUCGCAUGCAUUGUGGGACGACGUCGUUUGAAUUCAGGCGAAUUGUGGGUACUGGGCGGUCAUCCGGGUACGAGAGGUUCCGGUGUACCUGGACCACGAAUUGGAUAUAUGCCCCAAGAGGUUGCUCUCUACGGUGAAUUCACAAUGCGGGAGACGCUUGCAUAUUUUGGAAUGAUUGCCGGAGUUGAUUCGAAAAAGAUAGAAGAACGAACUGACUUCCUAUUGAAACUUCUGCAACUACCCACCGGUUCGAAAUUCGUAAAAAAUUUAAGUGGCGGCCAACAAAGAAGAAUGAGCUUGGCAGCAGCUCUUGUUCAUGAGCCGGAACUUUUAAUUUUGGAUGAACCGACAGUAGGUGUGGAUCCAGUUCUACGUCAAAGCAUUUGGGAUCAUCUUGUCGACAUUGUAAAAAAUCGGAACCAGACUGUGAUAAUAACGACACAUUACAUUGACGAAACACGCCAAGCGAACGUGAUUGGCCUGCUACGUGGUGGUCGCAUGUUAGCUGAGGAAUCUCCAGAAUAUCUUCUGAACAAAUAUAGUUGUGAAUCCCUCGAGGAGGUAUUCCUGAAGUUGGCCAUCUUCCAGAACAUGGGAAAGCGACGGAGAUCAUCGAUCGCACAGGAAGUUACUGAACAAGUGAAUGUGCCUGCGAUAUCGAAUCCCGCCUUGGACCUUAGCGAUGAAGAUCACACCGAAAUUUCUGGGGAGUUUGGAGACAAUGUUUCAAUGUCCUCAAAACAUUUGGAAACUGUCGAAACAGAUGUUGCAAAUCCACCUCUUCCGCCUGACGAAGGGACUCCUCCAAUGAAAUUCUGGGAACGAAUGAGCAUCAUGAAAAUGCAUCGAGUUAAGGCGCUGGUUUGGAAAAAUAUGCUUUGGAUGUGGAGAAAUUUUGGUGUCAUGGCUUUCAUUGUUGGCUUACCUGUUGUACAAAUUAUACUGUUUUGUUAUGCCAUUGGUCAUGACCCAACAGGACUUCCCGUCGCCGUUGCCAACUACGAAUUAGACAGUAGUCAUGUUGCCGCACAGAAAUGCCCGACCGUAAUGGGAUGCAACUACACAUAUAUGAGCUGUCGGUAUCUGAAUAUGUUACAGGAGAAAACGAUAACUUUGAGAUACUACGAGACGGAACAGGAUGCAUUCGAGGAGGUACGAAAAGGAAAAGCCUGGGGAGCAUUGGUAUUUGCAUCAAACUAUUCGGAAUCACUGGUGGAGCGAACGGAAGCUGGUCGAUCUGCUGAGAAUGCAACAAUCGAUGCAUCUGAAGUCGAAGUUCGAUUGGAUAUGUCCAAUCAACAAAUCAGCACCAUGCUCUACCGCGACAUCCAGCUUACAUAUUUCGAAUUUAUCGAAAACAUCCUGGACGAUUGUGAUAUUGAUCCGAAAGCUGGACGCAUCCCGAUAAAUUGGCACAAGCCAGUCUACGGUGACCGGAUACCAAACUUCACGGACUUUGCUGCACCAGGCGUAAUCCUCACGGUGAUAUUCUUCUUAUCUGUCGCUAUGACAACAGGUGCAUUGCUCAUCGAACGCAACGAGGGGAUGCUGGAGCGUUGCUUGGUAUCGGGAAUAACAGGCUCGGAAAUCCUCUUCUCUCAGGUUACAACGCAAUUCGCUUUGAUGUUCUGCCAAACGCUUUCAGUGCUCGUGUUCAGCUUUUACAUGUUCGGCUUGACCAACCACGGCAACAUGGGAUUAAUAAUCCUUUUGUGUACCAUCAACGGUCUUUGUGGAAUGUGCUUUGGAUUCGUUAUUGCGUGCGCGGUUGAUACAGAACGGACGGCCACGUAUGUGGCCAUGGGAAGCUUCCUGCCCAUUGUUAUGCUUUGCGGAAUCAUUUGGCCAAUUGAGGGAAUGUAUCCGAUUUUGAGAAUUGUCUCGUUCUUCUUGCCACUAACGUAUUCCACGGAAUCGCUCCGGUCGAUCCUGCAAAGGGGCUGGGGUUUGGAGGAGCCAAAUGUGUAUAAUGGUUACAUCUCGAUUCUUCUGUGGACUCUGCUCUUCCUGAUUGGAAGUAUUUUGCUGCUCAAGUUUAAGAAGGGCUAG